ACUCUCGUUCUUAAUGAAUACGGAUUGCAUUUUUCUUCUUCGACUUCACUUCAGACAGAAACGAGAACCCUAAGUGAAAUUAAAGAUGAUGACAAUUAUAGAGUAUGAAGAAGCCGUAGAUUGAACAUCACAGAAACUCAAAAGCAAUGGAGAAGGGAAAGGGAAAAGGAGGAAGCAGCUCUAAGAAGCUUAACAUCGCCAUUAUUCAUCCCGACCUUGGAAUAGGGGGAGCCGAAAGAUUGAUUGUUGAUGCUGCUGCUGAGCUUGUGUCUCAUGGCCAUAAUGUCCAUAUUUUUACUGCGCAUCAUGACAAAGACCGAUGUUUUGAGGAGACACUUUCUGGUAAAUUCCCAGUUACAGUAUAUGGAGCCUUUUUACCUCGACAUGUUUUCUACCGUUUGCAUGCCGUUUGUGCAUAUUUGAGGUGCAUCUUUGUUGCUCUAUGUGUACUAUUUCUUUGGCCAUCAUUUGAUGUUGUGUUGGCUGAUCAAGUUUCUGUCGGCGUCCCUCUGAUGAAGUCUAAGAAGUCAACAAAAGUUGUAUUUUAUUGCCAUUUUCCAGAUUUGUUGCUGGCAAAACACACAACCGUUCUUAGAAGGAUAUAUCGGAAACCGAUCGACCUUAUUGAGGAAGCAACUACAGGAAUGGCAGAUCUCAUCCUCGUUAAUAGCAAAUUUACUGCAUCAACUUUUGCCAGUACAUUUAAGCGUCUCAAUGCAAAAGGAAUUCAACCAGCUGUUCUUUACCCAGCAGUCAACUUGGACCAGUUUGAGAAACCUUCUGCUUAUAACUUGAACUUGCUCUCAAUCAAUCGUUUUGAAAGGAAGAAAAACAUUGAUUUGGCAAUUUCAUCUUUCGCAAUGCUUCAUACCCUUAAAUCAGAUGUUCUUAAAGGUGACGAUUUGGAGAAGGCUUCUCUCACUGUUGUAGGUGGUUUUGACAAACGUCUCCGUGAAAAUGUGGAUUAUCUAGAAGAACUUAAGAGCUUAGCGGAAAGAGAAGGGGUCUCAAAUAGGGUUAAAUUCAUUACCUCUUGCACGACUAUAGAAAGAAAUGCACUCCUCUCCGAAUGCUUGUGUGUUGUUUAUACGCCAACGGAUGAACACUUCGGCAUUGUUCCUUUAGAGGCAAUGGCAGCGGAGAAGCCUGUUAUUGCUUGCAAUAGUGGUGGUCCUGUUGAAACCGUCAAGGACGGAGUCACGGGAUUUCUCUGUCAACCAACUUCAGAAGAUUUCUCACUUGCUAUGGCCAAGUUUAUUAGCAAUCGCAGCAUGGCAGAGAGAAUGGGUGGAGAAGCACGGAGGCAUGUUGGUGAAUCAUUCUCUACCAAAAUUUUCGGCCGCCGUUUGAAUCAAUAUGUUAUCGAUGUUGCUCGAGGAAAAAUUGAGUGAUAAUGGUGACUGAAUGUAGUGCUAAGUACACUCACAAUUUUUUCCUUCUUGUGGGUUUUCCUUUUUUUUUUCCUUUCUUUUUUCUUCUUUUUUUCUUCUUCUUGAUAUUGCAUACUUAGAUAUGGCCAGAUCUAUUAUUAUCAUGCAAGACUCUUCUCUGAAAGUUGGAGUUGUGUCCUAUCUCAACCUUCUCCAAAAAGAAAGCAUUCAGAAUUCACUGUAUGCUUCUUUUUUUUCUUGACAGGCAAAGCUAAAAUUUGUUAAGCAAAAUAUUUUUCAU